AUGAAAUUUAACUUCGAAUCAACCAGAAGUUCCAUCAAGAGUCAAUCUAAUGAGAAAACGUUUGUUUGUCAACGAUACGCAACAAGACAUCAGAUCACGAAUACAUCGAAAGCUGUUCGUCGAAAGCUCAUUCAAGAAACGAACAUAAAUACAACGAUCAUCGAUGUGAUUGAACGAUCUCCAAGUGCUUGUCCUUUAACUGAACAACCAUUUCACGAACGUAUUGACAAAUAUCUUCAGAAAGAUAACUCAAUAUUGCCAAUCAGCUCGGAAACCAAACAAAAUCUGAACAGAUUACAACGAAUUACCGAUGACGUAAAACUCAUAACUAAACAACUCCAAUCAUCACUACAAGUCAAUCAAAAUGUCAAUUCAACUAAUGAUAUCCUAGAUCAACGUUUACUUGGAGAAAUUUGUUAUCAGCUCGAACGACGAAUCUUAGUUUUGAUCUUUUCUCAAUCGAAGCAACUCUACGGUUAUUCCCUUCGUUAUGUACCAUCAAUUAUCAAUACUGAGCCAAAUGCGCAUGACCGUUCGAUCUAUAAAAAACGUCUGGACAAUAUUCAAAAGUAUCUAUCCAAAGAAAACUUUUCUCUUCAUCAUCAUUCAAUAUUGACAUUCAAUUUCAUUAACAAAUACGGUAUCUAUCCUGACUAUCAAUGGUUGCAAAGUUCAUCAAAUCUUUUCACGAACGUCGAUGAAAUGAAAACAUUUUGUUCGAAAUUCCUUUCCAAAGAGUAUCAUGUAGACUUAUCGAUAAUUAUCAACAGUCUUGAUUUAAUUUCUCAGUGCGAUGGCAAACCACUAUUCUACUGGUAA